AUGGAGCCGGGUUCGCUGGCACCCUGGCAGCCGCAGUACCGCUACCUCGGACCGGGCGUGGCUGUCGGAGCGGUGCUGGACGCCAGGCUCCAGCCGGAGGAGCUCACGAGGCCGUCCGACUACUGCGGGUACGCCACGCGCCCGCUCUGCUCCCGUCACGUGACGUUCCCCCAGUAUCUAAACCUGAUGUCGGAGUUCCCACAGUCGAGGUUGGUGGGUGCAGGCUCGGCGCAGAGCGCGCUGCCGGCGGUCUGCGCCGUGACGCCGCGCUGCCCGUCGGACCAUGCCGCGGACGGCGGCGCCGGCGACGGCCCGCUGCUCUGCUCCACGCCGCGAACGGCGGAGCCUUCCUACCUGCAGCCGACCUUCUCCUCGCUGCAGAAGGUGGCCCGCAGCGACUUCGACAUCCACGCCCACUUCGUGGGCGGCGAUGUGCCGGCGGCGGACGGGCAGCGGUCGGCGCUUAGAACCGCGGGCACGCCGCACCAGUACGCGGCCGCCGCCGGCGGUCUGAAGCGGCCGCUCUCGGCGUCGCCGUUCCCGCUGGAGGUGACCGACGGCGUGGGCCCGCCGGCCGGCGUCCAGCUGAAGCAGGAGGCGGUCGUCUGCCGCGUCAGCCAGGACCCCGCCCGCUGCCAGGUCAGCCAGCAGCCCGCCAGCUUCCAGUACAAGCAGGAGCCGUCAGUGUACCCGUACAAGCACGAGCACCCGGGCUACCCGUACAAGCAGGAGCCGUCGGCGACUCCGUACCGCCAGGAGCGGCCAGGCGGCCCGUUCGCGCCGGACUCGAGCCCCGACCGUCAGUACGGCCCGGAGCCGAGCGGCGGGCGCCUGUACCCCGUCGGGCCGCUCGACUCGCCGGCAGAGGUCAGCUCCAGCAGCGGCCCGCUGACCUGCCUGUGGGCCGGCUGCGCGCUGCAGUACGACCGCCAGGCGGCGCUCGUCAAGCACAUCGAGAAGGUGCACGUGGACAGCCGCGGCGGAGACGAGUACACCUGCUUCUGGGCCGACUGCCCGCGCCAGCAGAAGCCCUUCAACGCCCGCUACAAGCUGAUGAUCCACAUGCGCGUCCACUCGGGAGAGAAGCCCAACCUGUGCUCGUACGACGGCUGCAACAAGGCGUUCUCGCGUCGGGAGAACCUGAAGAUUCACCUCCGAUCUCACACCGGCGAGAGGCCGUACAACUGCGAAUUUCCCGGCUGCCCUAAGGCGUUCUCAAACAGCUCUGACCGUGCGAAGCACCAGCGGACACACAAAGAUGCGAAGCCGUACAUGUGCCAGGUGCCGGGCUGCCACAAACGGUAUACGGACCCGUCGUCGCUGCGGAAGCACAUCAAGAACCACACGCCGGCCGAGCAGUCCGUCUCCCGGCAGCGGCUGGAGCUGAGCGACAGCCUGGGCUAUGACUCCACCGUGGAGCAGUGGUACAGCGACUCGCAGCCCCUGGUGGCCGACCAUCACACAGACGACUGGCGCUGCAGGGAGCCGGUCACCAGCGCCGCCUGGUGGUGGGACGCGGCACUGCCAGACGCGCUGGAAGUUCCAGAAUUUCUGAACUUCACCGCCGACCAGCCGGUACAGUGAACGCCGACAGCCAACCAAGCGGACGCUCACACCACCACUGUGAGGGAGGCACCACGUCCAAGCGCCCAUGGCACGCGACCACGCACAGGAACCCAGAAGCCAGCGGAUCGGAGCGACAUGGGAGCGAUGGGCGGCGCAUCUUGGUGCGACACGGCUGUCUGCUAGCUCAUUGGUUCGCUAGCGGCCACCGGCCGCCGGGUUCGGCCGUCAGCGAGUGCUCUCGUACUGUGUAAAAAUGCUUGAUGGGGCGCCGCGACAGCCAGCUGCGGGGCGUCAGGGCCGCAGGGGUACAUUGUGAUGCUUGAGGGAGACUCUUGGAACAGUCAUGCGAUAUGUUACAUCCAUAAGUUGUACAAAUGUGCUGAACCGAUGUGUCGCGACGCCUGCGACACAUUCACGGGACUUCCGUCGUAUUUGGAGUCACCGCCACCGAUCGGUGGCGUCCAGUGAGUGAUGAGAGUCGGGAGCGACGCAGCUCCUACAUACAUAUGCUUUUUAACUAGAUUUGUAGCGUAGGCACGGCAUGUGGACCCUUCAGUGUGCUGGCAUGACGUCACGUCUCGUGCCGCCACCGCGCCGCCAGCUGGCCUGGCGUAUCCGCUGUUGCGAAGGCA